AUGGCUAGUCCAAGAAACCCAGCAGAUACCUCGCCUGAACCAGAAUUCCGGCUCACUUUCGGUGUUGAAAUAGAAUUUAUUUUAGCUACUGUGGAUGAGGGUAAAGAGAACCCUAACCCACGAGACCCCCGUGAGGUAAAUGAAAAAAUACUCUCGGACAAUGAUUCCAUCAAUUACGAUAUUUGCAGAAAACUGAAGGAAGCUGGCAUUCCAGCAACAGUGCAGGAAAUAGAUCAUAAAGACUCAACUGACUCGCUUGACAUAACAGCUACCAAUUGGCUUUUGAAGACCGAUGUCACAGUCGGCCUAAGCGACCCAGAUGACAAGGACAAGCGUUAUAUCGAAUUUAGCUUGGAAAUGUCAUCUCCACCAUACUACUACGAUGAAGCUUCACAAAAAGCCGUAGAAACGGUCUUGAAAGUUAUCAGAAAAAAUUAUUUAGUUCGCGUCGACAAAACUACAGGAUUGCAUGUUCAUGUUGGAAACUCAUAUCAUGGUCUCCAAUGGCGCGUACUACGCAAUUUGAUGGCCAUUGCGUGGACUUACGAACGCCAGCUCUUAUUGAUAUUGCCUGAGGAGCGCGUAGCUAACAGAUACUGUCAGCCCCUCCGGGAAUCAACUCUCGGUCUUCGACAUCCUGAGCUCACGCGUCUUGAAUUUCUUAAUCGCAUCUUGUCGUUUAUUAACAACCGGCAAGUCAUUUCGGAAUUGAUAGGCACUGAAGUUAAAACUCGUCUCGGCUUCAACAUAAGGAAUCUCAAGACACCAUUUUCUGAUCAUGCUCCAGAACGCACUAUUGAGUUUCGUCAGCAUCCUGGAUCAUUCGAGCCGAAGGAUAUUCUACAUUGGAUACAUAUAUGCGUAAAGAUGGUCGAAAAAGCAUGCUUUAUCAAGGGCGAAGAGCUGUUCAACCGGCUACGAACCGAUGUUGAAAAGCCAAUCGGAUUUGGAGAAGAUGACAUUGAGAAGAGAAUUAAGGAGGAAGCGAAGAGAGAUGCUAUGGAUUUGGAAAUGUAUCGUGAAGAAGGUCAUGUUGAUGUUCAAGGUCGUCUCAGCGUGGGAAUGUCGGGAAAAUGA